AACAAAACACAAUAUUGUAAAUAGUAAACAUAUGACUUGGUAAGGACUUACAUCAGCGAUUGUGAAUCGCAAGGUAAGAACUUCAGUCCCUUGCUAGAUGCUGAUAUUGCACUACUGAAUAUAUUUUGAUCAGCACCUUUUACUCCCAGGAAUAUGAAUGUAAUUUUCGUGGUAGCUAUUUCUAUAUCUUCAGUAUCAGGUUUAAUAGAUUCAUACUUACCAACGAGAUAUGAAGACGUAGUUUGCGCCUGUGGUGUGGGAUACAAUGCAACGUUGUCUGCGUACUUCCCAGUGUUUGACUCUGACGACAUAGCAGAUUACACUGACAGGGCUGGGACUAAGCUGCAUUCACUACAGGAAUUUUUGGAUGGUAGAUCACCUUAUGUAACAGCAUCCAUGGACCGAGGGUUAAAUUUACCAUAUGGAACGGCACUUUGUAUACCUGAACUGAACAGACAUUACAGACGCCGUAUAAAUAUUGAGGUGCGGGACACUCAUGCAGAUCUUGAUGGCUUUGGCACCUCAAAAGUUGUCAUUUGUGUUCGAUCAGUUGCUGAUAGUUAUGACCUUGCGGUAAAUAGACCUGUUAGUCUCAUAAUUGAAAAAUAAAUG